AUGGCUACUCUUGCCAGACUUAAUCGGUUGGGAUGAAGAAAUAAGACGAUCACGUGGACGAAUGUGAAGGUUGUAGGUUUACAGUACAGCUUGAAUGCACCAUAUAUACCAUCCCUCCCUCCACAUACAAAGCAACUCAACAUCGUAAUAGUAAUAAAAUUCCCUUCCAAAGCCAUUUGCAGCUAGCUCACCAAACCAUGGCUUCUAAACCAGGAAUUCUCACAGACUGGCCAUGGACACCUCUUGGAAGCUUUAAGUACAUAAUCCUGGGUCCUUGGGUUACGGAGACCAUAUACUCGAUUAUGGUUAAGGAUCCAAAGGAAUGGGACCUGACCAACUUUUCGGUAAUCCCAUUCAUGUUAUGGAGAAUGUUGCACAACCAGCUAUGGAUUAGCCUUUCUCGUUAUCGAACUGCCAAAGGCACUAACAGGAUUGUGGACAAGGGUAUCGAAUUUGACCAAGUCGACAGGGAAAGGAACUGGGAUGAUCAAAUAUUGUUCAAUGGAAUCCUGUUUUUUUUGGCUAACAAAUACGCUCCCGGGGCUUCACACUUACCCCUAUGGAGAACGGAUGGUGUGAUUAUAACCAUGUUGCUCCAUGUCGGUCCUGUGGAGUUCCUUUACUACUGGUUUCAUAGAGCUCUGCACCAUCAUUAUCUUUACUCUCGUUACCAUUCUCAUCACCAUUCCUCCAUUGUCACUGAGCCUAUCACUUCUGUGAUACAUCCAUUUGCAGAACACAUAGUAUACUUUGCACUGUUCGCAAUACCAAUGUUGACAGUUGUGUUUACUGGAACUGGAUCCAUCAUCGCCAUUGCUGGCUACAUCACUUACAUCGACUUGAUGAACAACAUGGGGCAUUGCAACUUCGAGCUCAUCCCCAACUGGGUCUUCUCCAUUUUCCCUCCUCUCAAGUACCUAAUGUACACUCCAUCGUUUCACUCGCUGCAUCACACACAGUUCAGAACCAACUACUCAUUAUUCAUGCCAUUCUACGAUUAUAUCUAUGAUACAAUGGAUAAAUCUUCGGAUACCUUGUACGAAAAUUCACUCAAAAGAAAAGAGGAAACGCCCAACGUGGUGCAUCUAACGCACUUAACGACACCAGAAUCCAUCUAUCAUCUCCGCUUUGGAUUUGCCUCCUUGGCCUCUAAACCUUACUCGUCAGCUUGGUACUUGUGGUUGCUCUGGCCUGUUACAUUGUGGUCCAUGGUGCUUACCAGGAUUUAUUGUCGAACUUUUGUUGUUGAAAGGAACCGCUUCCAUCAGCUCAGAUUACAAACAUGGGCCAUUCCCAAGUACGGAAUACAGUACCGCUUGAAAUGGCAAAAGGAAUCCGUCAAUAACAUGAUUGAGGAAGCUGUAUUAGAGGCUGAGGAAAAAGGUGCUAGUGUGUUGAGUCUAGGCCUCAUGAAUCAGGGUGAAGAGCUAAACAGGUACGGUGAGGUGUAUGUGAAGAAGCAUCCUCAGUUGAAAGUGAAGUUAGUGGAUGGGAGUAGCUUGGCAGUUGCAGUUCUUCUAAAUAGCAUACCAAAGGGAACAACCCAAGUACUCCUUAGAGGCAACUUGACUAAAGUUGCUUUUGCAGUCGCCUUUGCCCUGUGCCAAAAGGGCAUUCAGGUCACUGUAUUGCGUGAGGAUGAAUAUGAGAAGCUUGAUAAGUCACUUGGCACCAAAUCUGAGGGUAAAUUGGUUACCUCUAAGAGUUAUAGCUCUUGCAAGGUAUGGUUAGUUGGAGAUGACUUGACCGAAGAAGAGCAAAGAAAGGCAAAUAAAGGAACACUAUUUAUUCCCUUUUCGCAACUUCCACCAAAAAAAUUGCGCAAGGACUGCUUCUAUCACACAACACCAGCGAUGCAGACUCCGACGGCCCUUGAGAAUGUGGAUUCUUGCGAGAACUGGUUGCCAAGGAGAGUGAUGAGCGUAUGGCGCAUAGCUGGGAUACUGCAUGCUCUGGAAGGAUGGGAAGAGCACGAAUGUGGUUACACCAUGUCUAACAUUGACAAAGUUUGGGAAGCAUGUCUCAAGCAUGGAUUUCAGCCUCUAAAGGUCCCAACUCAGUCAAAGUCCUAGAAGAUAUUUGGCGAUUUAUCUAAUUAAUCUACUUGAUAUCUAUGUUUAAUGUAUAAGCAUUUACCUAAAUAACAUUAUCCUUAUCCUGGAUUCAUCAUGUGACUCUAUCGGGUCAUAGGUUGCUCUCAGAGUUAAACUAUAUAUUAUAUAUUAUACUCUUUAAAAUUUUA